GCUAAAAAUACAAAAAUAAAUAAAUAAAUAAAUAAAAUCAUUUUCUUCUUCACUCUCUCGCUCGCUCACUCGCUCACUUUAUUUAUAAAUUUGUUAAAUUUCAGUUUAUCGCUCAACACUUUCACAGGUUCAAUUGCGAUAACCUAUUUUUUUUUUUUUUUGUAAUUUCUGUAUCGCUCUUUGCUGCAGACUGUCCAGUAUUGACAGGAAGGUAACACGGUUCUUUACGACAUUGUUUGGUGGAACUGAUACAGAUGGCUAGUUUGUUGUCCGGUGAUCCCUCACACCGUGGAUUUUAUGAAGGUGAGUCAUCCAAACUUUCUCAGGACAAACCAGAAGAAGGUGGCCGUUGGUACUUCUCUAGGAAAGAAAUUGAAGGGAAUUCUCCAUCUAGACGAGAUGGAAUUGAUUGGAAAAAGGAGACUUAUCUUCGCAAGUCAUACUGCACAUUUCUGCAAGACUUGGGCAUGAGACUUAAAGUACCUCAGAUAACAAUUGCUACAGCAAUAAUAUUCUGCCAUCGGUUCUUCCUUCGUCAAUCACAUGCAAGGAAUGACAGAAGGACCAUAGCCACAGUGUGUAUGUUUCUGGCAGGGAAGGUUGAGGAGACUCCACGUCCACUGAAAGAUGUUAUUCUUGUUUCAUAUGAAAUUAUUCAUAAAAAGGAUAAGGAUCCUGAUGCAAUUCAUAGGAUCAAGCAAAAGGAGAUAUACGAACAACAGAAAGAAUUAAUUUUACUUGGGGAAAGGGUUGUACUGUCAACCCUUGGAUUUGAUCUAAAUGUACUCCAUCCAUACAAACCCCUUGUUGAGGCAAUAAAGAAAUUCAAGGUUGCUCAGAAUGCCCUUGCUCAAGUUGCAUGGAACUUUGUCAAUGAUGGACUGCGUACCUCUCUGUGCUUACAGUUUAAGCCCCACCAUGUUGCUGCGGGGGCUAUUUUUCUUGCUGCAAAGUUCCUCAAAGUAAAGCUUCCAUCAGAUGGUGAGAGGGUGUGGUGGCAAGAGUUUGAAGUCACCCCUCGCCAAUUGGAAGAGGUUAGCAACCAAAUGUUGGAACUCUAUGAACAAAACCGAUUGCCAACUUCCCAGUGUGGUGAAGUUGAAGUAAGUGCUGCAGCGGGGAGUACUCAGCGGGCAUCAUCAAGAACUUUAUCUAGCAGUGAAGAAUAUCCAACAACUAUUAGUUAUUCUCAGGCUAGUUGUACAACUUCAAGAACCUUAAAGCCUGCAUCAACUAAGCCAGUGUCUGAACAUUCAUUAGCUGAUAAUCAUUGUGGAUCUUCCAGAAUCACCCAAAAUCAGAGUAAUGACUGGGGACAUGCAGAGAUGGAAAAUACUAUUGAUGACAGUGCAUACGGUGAAUUUAAAGAUGAUCUACACCCUGAACCCGAGAAAUUUUCUUACCAGAACAAGGGAGAAGCACAAAGCACAUUGAGGUUUGGGUCAGAUGCUCUUGGUAAAGAAGAUCAAGAGAGGACUGUUGUGAGGAAUGAAACAAGAGAUGUUGCGGACAUAAAGGACAAGCAUUCUAGCCGAAAAUUGGAACAUAGAGGAGGUUUAGUUAGCCAGUCACCCCAGGAAGCUAUCAAGAAGAUUGACAAAGACAAGGUAAAGGCAGCCCUAGAGAAACGAAGGAACUCCCGUGUAGUCACGACUCGGAAAACUGAUUUGAUGGAUGAGGAUGAUCUGAUUGAGCGAGAACUGGAAAAUGGAGUUGAAUUAGCUGCAGAGAAUGAGAAAAACAAGCGCGACCGGAGGCAGAGCUGGUCUAGAUCCUCAGACAGACAGGAAUAUGAGAACUCACAUUUCGAUAAACAUCAAGAGGAUGCUGGAGACAGCCACGGACAAAUGAGAGGACAGUCAUCACGCAGAUUAGAUUUCGGUUAUGCUGAAGAUGGGGAGGUCUCAGUGCCUCGCAACCUUAGCCGGGGUUCUCAUUCACCCAAGUCAAGCAGCCGCAAGCGGAAGGUUGGAAGCUCUCCUGAUAGAUCAUCAGAGGGAAAGUUGCGUCACAGUUAUGGUUCUGGGUCCAAUCAUUAUAAUCAUCAAGAUUAUGUUGAAGAUCGGAACCGGAUGGGCCGGCUUGGUUAUAUGGAGAGAGAUCAGAAAAGGCACGUGCCAGAAAAUCUUGUCUGAAGCCGUCUGGUGCUACACUGCUGGCUGGACGUCAUCUUGUUGGGAGUUACUUCUCCACACGGGCUCUUGAUCUCAAUGGGUAUGGCUUACUGAAAACAUUGGACCAACCCUCAUUUUCUGGGAAAAUGAAUCAGAAGGAAAAUUUAUCGGAUUUCAGAAGUCACAUUGCCAGGUGGAUUACCCCUCAUCUCCUGUUUCAAGUAUUUGGAAUAUUAGCCUCUGUGUAUAAUUAUAUGAUCGAGAUAAUAUUAUUAUGAAUCCGAAUGGAUGUAGGCAAGAACAAGAACUUGCAGUAUUGGCUUGAAUUUUCAAUAUAUAUUCAGAGUAAUUUGUAA